CGGCGCGCGGCGGACGCGGCGCGUGCUCAAGCCCGAGUGUCCCCGCAGACGAUGGGGGAUGGAGCGGGAGGAGGAGGAGGAGGAAGGAGCCGGGGUUGGAGAUGAGGAAGGAGCCGGGGCUGAGGAAGACGAUGGAGCGAAGGCUGAGGAAGCCGGCGCUGCCGAUGACGAUGCUGAGGAUGCUGAGGAUGAGGAUGCUGAUGGCAGCGAGGCCGAAGGCGUGGCGGGGCGGUUCCUGGCGCUGCAGCGCGCGCUGUCCGAGCGGCUCCGGGCGCUGCCGCCGCCGGGCCCGCCCGUGGCGCUGGUGUACGCGCCGCUCGAGUACGCGUGGGAGCCGCACCGCAGCUUCGUGCGCCGCUUCCUGCGCGGCCCCAAAGCCGUGCUGUUCCUGGGCAUGAACCCCGGGCCCUUCGGCAUGGCGCAGACCGGGGUGCCGUUCGGCGAGGCGUGGCACGUGCGGGAGUGGCUGCGGGUGUCGGGCGCGGUGCGGCGGCCGCCGCGGGAGCACCCCAAGCGCCCGGUGCUGGGGCUGCGCUGCCCGCGGGCCGAGGUGAGCGGCGCCCGCUUCUGGGGGCUCGUCCGCAGCCUGUGCCCGGACCCGCGCGCCUUCUUCCGCCACUGCUUCGUGCACAACCUCUGCCCGCUGCUCUUCCUCGCCGCCUCGGGCCGCAACGUGGCGCCGCCGGAGCUGCGCGCGGCCGAGCGGGAGCGGCUGCUGGCGCCGUGCGGGGCCGCGCUCGCCGCCGCCGUGCGCGCGCUGCGCGUGCGCCUCGUGGUGGCGCUGGGCCGCGUGGCCGAGCUGCGCGCGCCGCGCGCUGCGGGAGCGGGGCUGGCCGUGCCCGUGGCCUGGAUCCCGCACCCGUCCCCGCGCAACCCCCGCGCCAACCGCGGCUGGGAGGGCGAGGCGCGGCGGCGGCUGCGGGAGCUGGGCGUGCUGCGGCUCAUGGGCGUGCGGGACGAGGCGGGCGCCGAGCGGCUGCGGGCCGGGGAAUGCGGGCUUGGGGGGGCCCUGGACCAGCUGGGGGCCGGGGAAUGCGGGCUUGGGGGGUGCCUGCCCCAGUUUGACCAGUUUGGGACUGGGGACAGCGGGCUUGGGGGGUCCCUGGACCCGCUGGACCAGUUUGGGACUGGGGAGAGCGGGGUUGGGGGCUCCCUGACCCGUUUUGGGGCUGGGGGGUCCCUGGACCAGUUUGACCAGUUGGGGACUGGGGAAAAGGGGAUUGAUGGGUCCCUGCCCCAGCUGGACCAGUUCGGAGCUGGGGAGGAGGGGGUUGGUGGGUCCCUGCCCCAGUUUAACCAGUUUGGGACUCGGAAAAAGGGGAUUAGGGGGUCCCUGCCCCAGUUUGGGACUGGGGAAAAGGGGAUUGAUGGGUCCCUGGACCAGUUGGGUACUGGGGGGAAAGACGCUAGUGGGUCCCUGCCCCAGUCUGACCAGUCUGGGACUGGGGAAAAGGGGAUUAGGGAGCCCCUGCCCCAGUUUGGGACUGGGGGGAAGGGAAUUGAUGGGGCCCUGCCUCAGUUUCCCCACUCAGAACAGGAUUUAGGGCAACACUACAGGGCAGAGGGUGAGCCCCUGCCUCAGUUUCCCCGCUCGGGAGGGGGUUUGGGGCUCCUUUAGGGGCGGGGGAUGGGCCCUGCCUCAGUUUCCCUUUAGGAAAAAGAGGGGGAGGGUUCGUGGGUCGCUGCCUCGCGGCGUUUUCUGUGCAAUUCUGGGAUUAAUAAAGGCGAGAAUUGGUAAAAAAACAUGGAAAGAGUCAUUGGGGGGAGGCGGGAACCAACCAACCAACCUUCCUUCCUCUUCCUCUUUUCCUUCCUUCCUCUUCCUUCCUUCCUUCCU